AUGCUUAUUAAAGGAGAUGUUCAAACGCCCCGCGAUAUAUCUUCACUAUUCCCCUUUUCUACUAAUUAUGAACAUGUUAUCAUAAUUUACAAGAUAAUCAAAGAGGUUAUGAUCACAAUGAAUGCAGCUAUCGUCCAACACAGGGAGGGUAAGGGGGUGAUUCAAACAGAAGAUGCUGCUCCCCAUAUAUACCUAGGCGUCAUUGAAGCGUUGAGGGUAUUGAGAAGAGAAGAUGACAAGGACCGAAAGAUUAUCCGCCAGAGAGAAGUUAUCAUAACGAGACCACUACCCAAUGAAAGAGGGAAUUGGUUUGAUUUCAAAUCUCGCAAGUGGAUAACAUGGUCUAGUUGCGUUUACUCAAAGAAUAUCGUUGGUUCCAUCUUCCAAGUUCUCAAACCACACCACGAACACAUCUAUAGAAUCACAAAAGACAGAAAGGGGUACGGAAUUACUUGGAAGAGAUGGUGCCUGGAAAAGCACAACGUCAUUUCUCCAGGGUGGUACAACGGAUGUAAGGACAGUAGCCUGAAGAAUAGACCUGGCUGCGACGAAAUGGGAUACGGCUUUGCAACACCAUCAAAGAAGCGAGAUCACUGGGAAUCGGACGAUGAAGAUAUUUUGCUCAUAGAGAGGAUGAGCGAAUACAGCAUUGGAAACAGAACUGAGAACAAGAAAGAGCGAAAGCCCUUAGAGGAACUCCCCAUAUUAGGCACCAAACGGAAACAGGUUACCUUUCCAAUUCCUGACGACGAAGAUGUUGAUCACGCUGUCAAGAUUCGCCGCCUUGAUACGAGUUCGCUCUUGAUGAGUAACGAUAGAAGACUUGAAGCUCAAUGGAAACUGCUUGAGGACUGCGUUGACCAGUCCGGUAUUUUGGACUAUGGUGACGUUUGGAGUUUGGUUUUCGAACCAUUAAGGUUAAUGUUGGAAAAUGAUGGCGGUCUUGGUCAGGCACUUUUGGGAAGUCAUUCAUGGGCUAGGGCAUAUGUGCAAGGUUUGAAGGUGGAGGUUAAGAAUUCGUGUGGAUGUUUGAAGGAGAUCUAG